UUUGGGCUGAUGUGUACCAGGUGGAUCACGACGAUCCCAACAGAUAUGCCUAUGUGCACUAUGUUGAAUAUAACAAACGACUGGACGAAUGGGUGCCAAAGAAAGUGGUGGAUAUAUCCUCCCAAAUACCCAAUGAAACAGACAAAGAGCGGAAGAAGCAAGCUCGCCUCGCCGGGCAACUGACCAAGGCGAAGGCAAAUCAUGUGAAGAACAAAUCUAAAAAUAAAGGCAAAGGGGAUCUGGCAGUACCCCCGACCACACUUAAAAGGAAACGGACAAAUGCGGAAAUGACACUUGAGGAGUCUGACACUGUCACUGAUACCACCGACAAAACCAAACAGCAGACAGGGUCGUACAGCACCUCAUGGACAUGA